GGCUGCUCCUUUUCAUCCGGUCUGGUGAUCCCGCCCGGCAAAACAACUGCCUUACUCUCGAGUGAAGGCGGGCUUGGAUGCCGCAUCACAGUGAGGACAGACUGACACCUAGUGGCCAGAAGCCGCAACUACUCCAGGCCGCUGCCCUGGAGAGAGGGUCACCCCAGCUGUCUGGGCAAAUCCGCAGCCUUCCCCGCCCCAGCCUCCAAGGAGCCAGAGGAGGGUUGGGACUGUCUGAGGGAGGACUGUGACAACCGCUAUGCUCCAGGAGCCCAAGAAUGGUGGGGAGGAGCGUGGUGAUGGUGGGUGACUCAACAGUUCCUAAGCACACUCGUGCGGAGCGCGGGAGAGAACUGCCGGACGAGACGGCUUAAAGGGCGGACAGACAGACGGCAGGGAGGGCCAGCAUGCCCCUACUGUUGCACCCCGCCUGGCCGCUGCUCCUGGGCGCCACGCUGACCUUCCGGGCACUCCGGCGCGUGCUCUGUCGCCUGCCCCUGCCUGCACACGUGCAAACCGACCCCCUGCGCACCUGGCGUUGGCACAAUCUACUCGUCUCCUUCACCCACUCCAUUGUAUCGGGAAUCUGGGCACUGCUGUGCAUAUGGCAAACCCCUGAAAUGCUGGUGGAGAUUGAAACGGCAUGGUCGGUCUCUGGCUAUUUGCUUGUUUGCUUCUCUGCAGGAUACUUUAUCCAUGACACAGUGGACAUCGUGGUUAGCAGGCAGACUCGAGCUUCUUGGGAAUACCUUGUUCAUCAUGUCAUGGCUAUGGGCGCCUUCUUCUCCGGUAUCUUUUGGAAAAGAUUUGUUGGUGGUGGCGUCUUAACACUACUGGUGGAGGUCAGCAACAUCUUCCUCACCUUAAGGAUGAUGAUGAAGAUAAACAAUGCCCAGGAUCUCCUCCUCUACAAGGUCAACAAGUAUGUCAACUUGGUCAUGUACUUCCUCUUCCGGCUGGCCCCCCAGGCCUACCUCACCAAGUUCUUCCUACAGUAUGCGGGCCAGAGGACCCUGGGGACAUUCUUGUUGGCCAUCCUCCUCAUGCUGGACGUGAUGAUCCUCAUCUACUUUUCUCGCCUCCUCCGCUCUGACUUCUGCCCUGAACGUGCACCCAGCCGCCAACAAAAAGACAAAUUCUUGACUGAGUGAGAAAGUAGAGCCCGGACGUGUGACAGAGACAGAAGGCACAGCCAACAGCUUUGUAACCUUAACUAGGACUCUGUCUGCCCCAAGCUUGGGUGUAUUCUGGGGCCAGCCUUGCCACCUUAAGCUUACACCCACACUAUUGAAAACACUAAUGAAAGCUC